UGGCAGCUAGGUGGGGAGAGAUAUAAACUGGCCGCAGUGCAAAGUAUCAAGCCUAUCUGCAGAGGAAGCUUGGGGCAGAACUGAUAAUUGCAGCACAGUACAAGGUAGGCCAGGACUUAAAGCCAUCUUGCUCAAACACAACAUUCACCACACAACUUCCACUGACCGUGGAAACCAGCAAUCAGGAGGGAAACAGGAACUGGCAAGUGUAGCAAGCCCAGGCGCAACAACUCAGAUGUGAUCUAGGUGCCGUGAGGAACAGAUUCACAAGCACUGAAAGAAAGACGCGUUUCAAACACAGAUGGCUGUGGUGGCAGUACUAGUGUUGGCCACACUGACAGUGGGGACCCUGGGCAAGCCUCUUCCAGGUGACUGGGAUCAUGAGAUACGCUUCGGCCAGGAUAACCAUCAUUUUGGACAACAAUUUCAACAGAAUACAGACUUAGAUGACUUCCAGCAAACUCAUAACCAAGACAUACAACAGAUUGGACAGAAUCACCACUUUGAAGACUUUCAGCAAAAUCAGAAUGAACAACAAGAUAUUGAACAACUAGGGCACCAACACCAACACACACAACAGGUUGGGCAGAUUCAUGAAUUUGAAGACUUUCAACAAAAUCAGGAUGAACAAGACAUUGAACAACUAGGACAUGAAAACCAAGACAUACAGCAGGUUGGGCAGAAUCAUGAAUUUGAAGACUUUCAACAAAAUCAGAAUGAACAACAAGAUAUUGAACAACUAGCGCACGAACACCAAGACACACAACAGGUUGGGCAGAAUCACGAAUUUGAAGAUUUUAAACAAAAUCAGAACGAACAACAAGACAUCGAACAACUAGGACACCAACACCAAGACACACAACAGGUUGGGCAGAAUCAUGAAUUUGAAGACUUUCAACAAAAUCAGAAUGAACAACAAGAUAUUGAACAACUAGGACACCAACACCAAGACACACAACAGGUUGGGCAGAAUCUUGAAUUUGAAGAUAUUCAACAAAAUCAGAACGAACAACAAGACAUCGAACAACUAGGACACCAACACCAAGACACACAACAGGUUGGGGAGAAUCAUGAAUUUGAAGAUAUUCAACAAAAUCAGAACGAACAACAAGACAUUGAACAACGAGGACACCAACACCAAGACACACAACAGGUUGGGCAGAAUCAUGAAUUUGAAGACUUUCAACAAAAUCAGAAUGAACAACAAGAUAUUGAACAACUAGGGCACGAACACCAAGACACACAACAGGUUGGGCAGAAUCACGAAUUUGAAGAUUUUAAACAAAAUCAGAAUGAACAACAAGACAUCGAACAACUAGGACACCAACACCAAGACACACAACAGGUUGGGCAGAAUCAUGAAUUUGAAGACUUUCAACAAAAUCAGAAUGAACAACAAGAUAUUGAACAACUAGGGCACGAACACCAAGACACACAACAGGUUGGGCAGAAUCACGAAUUUGAAGAUUUUAAACAAAAUCAGAAUGAACAACAAGACAUCGAACAACUAGGACACCAACACCAAGACACACAACAGGUUGGGCAGAAUCAUGAAUUUGAAGAUUUUCAACAAAAUCAGAACGAACAACAAGACACUGAACAACUAGGGCACCAAGACAAAGAACAGGUUGGGCAGAAUCAUGAAUUUGAAGAUUUUCAACAAAAUCAGAAUGAACAACUAGGGCACGAACACCAAGACACACAACAGUUUGGGCAAAAUCACGAAUUUGACGACUUUCAACAAAAUCAGAAUGAACAACAAGAUAUUGAACAACUAGCGCACCUACACCAAGACACACAAGAGGUUGGGCAGAAUCAUGAAUUUGAAGAUUUUCAACAAAAUCAGAACGAACAACAAGACAUUGAACAACUGGGGCACCAAGACAAACAACAGGUUGGGCAGAAUCAUGAAUUUGAAGAUUUUAAACAAAAUCAGAAUGAACAACUAGGGCACGAACACCAAGACACACAACAGGUUGGGCAGAAUCAUAAAUUUGAAGACUUUCAACAAAAUCAGAAUGAACAACUAGGGCACGAACACCAAGACACACAACAGGUUGGGCAGAAUCAUAAAUUUGAAGACUUUCAACAAAAUCAGAAUGAACAACAAGAUAUUGAACAACUAGGACACCAACACCAAGACACACAACAGGUUGGGCAGAAUCAUGAAUUUGAAGACUUUCAACAAAAUCAGAACGAACAACAAGACAUCGAACAACUAGGGCACCAACACCAAGACACACAACAGGUUGGGCAGAAUCACGAAUUUGAAGACUUCCAAGAAACUCAAAACGAACAAUUUGGACAAUUUCAUCAAACUCCAAAUGAACAGGAAUUUCAACAAGGAGGACAAAAUGAGGAUACUGAACAAUUUCAAGAAAGUCAACACCACCAAGAUAUCGAACAAGUUGGACAACACCAUGGAAACUUUGGACUACGAGACCAACAGACUCAGCAGAAUGAUGAUGAAAUAAUCCAGCUUCUGGGGUCAGACAAAUACUGGGGGCAGCAGCAUGACCGGAACCCUGCAGUGGAACCAGCCAUACCAAGGCAGCACCAGGAGGAACUGGGCUUUGAAUAUGUGUCAACUGAAACACCCAGAUGGUGGAAGAGAAUUGGUCAAAAGAUCUCCGACACAUAUGAGAAGGCAAAGGACAAGGCACAUGACCUUGCCCACAAAAUUAAAGAAACAGUUGGUUAAGUAUAGCAAGCAGCAAUCAUCGAACACACAGACUAGGCAUUAGUUCUCAGCCUGUGGUCUGCAGACCAGUAUUAGUUUCACGUUCCUGGUUGACCAGCAUCAUGGGGUGGACUAUGCAAAUCACCUUGCUUCAUCAAACAAAGAUUCAUUCCUUGCAUUAUUAUUUUUCUAUUCUUAGAGUCACUGAUGGUGCAUGGUAGUAACAGCUGUUCCAGCAGUGUGACAGAAAAAGAAUUUAGAGUAAAUCACUUGAAAGAAAAGACAUUUGUACAAUGUUAAUACCCAGCAUAUCUAUACUGAGUAACCGACAUACUUUAGUACCACAGUUGAAUAUAAGCUAAACAGAGGGACUUAGCAGAAAAUAAAGUAACAGUCAACACCAUUUA